UCCAAUCACUCAUUGUAAUAGACCCAAUUUAUAUCAUGCCGUAAUCUCAACAGUAUUUCCAUUUUGGCAGAUUGAACCCCAGCGAUUUCCGGAUUCAAGCCCAAGCCAUGUCCGACCUGUAUGGGAAGGUCAAAAGUGGGAAGCUCCUUUUGAAAGGUGAAAAGAAGCACAAGAAGAAGAGCAAGAAACGAGAACGAGAACGCACUGAAGAUGACAAACUGCGUAAGCGACAGAGGACCGAAGCAACCCUGGACAUGCAAAAGCACGGUGGGUGGUGGGCGGUCUCCGAGAUGAAGCACGUGACCGGGCCAGUCGCGAUUCAAAUCAAUGGCUGUUUUGUCAAAGCCUGUGACGAUGGAAGUUUCACCUUGGGUGCACCCCACGACGAAGGUCAAGGACCAGACCCUGAAGAAGUUCUUCUCGCCGUCAAGGUGAAUGAUACCAAAGUAGCCUUUAAAUCCGGUUAUGACAAGUACUUGCGAGUCGACACCAAAGACGAUAUGGUGCGUGGAAUUUCGGAUGCCAUGGGAGCCAUGGAACAAUGGGAGACCGUGUUCCAAGAUGGAAAACUAGCUCUAUUAGGAGCCAACAACCGAUUCAUGAGCCUCAAUGAUGAAGAGGAGAGCAUUGUGUGCGAUAAACCCAAAGCCACCAAGAGUGAAAUGGUUGUGAUUCGUUCGAAUGCCGAGAGGGAAGAGGACAAGAAAGCGUUCGUUCCCGAAGAAGAACGAGGCAAUGUGGGACAAAUUGAACUAAACUACGUGAAAAAAUUUCAAAAGUUCCAGGAUCAUAAAAUCAAGAUCAACAAAGAGGAUCGUCGGGAAUUACUGGCCGCCAAAACUGAGGGGGCUUUACAUGAAGUAUUGUUAGAUCGCCGCGCCAAGAUGAAGGCUGAUCGGUAUUGCAAAUAA